GUCCGAUGUCAUCAAUCAUAAUCUAGGCUGGCUCUGUGGGUUACUGCCCUUUAUAGGCUUAUAGCUUUGCUUCCAUUGUACUCGCUCUGUUGUUGAUGCUUGAUAGCGCGCUCUCUCUCUCUCUCUCUCUCUCUCUCACACACACACACAUACACACACACAGCUGUGUUCUCUAACGCCUCGGGUGUUCUUCAAUCUGCGCCCGCCUGGAGCUCCGUCAAUGGCGAAUUUCGUUCUGCCCGUGAUUUGCAUUUAAGCCUCCAUUUUCAGGUUUUAUAUCGAUCAUUCGCCUCACGUGUGUUAUCUGCUUCUCUCUGCCUCUCGCUCUGACUUUGGAAGCCAGAUCGAAGAUGCUCGACGGCUUCUUAGGCCGAGGCUUUGCCUCUAAAUGUAAGUCGUCGAUCAAGCUGACGAGAACGCGAAUUGACGCGAUAAGGAGGAAGAGGAGCGCGACGCAGAAGUUUCUGAAGAAAGAUAUAGCCGAUCUGCUUGUUAACGGCCUCGAAAUUAAUGCGUAUGGAAGGGCUGAAGGACUUCUACUUGAGCAGCGUCUUUCGUCCUGUUAUGAUUUUAUUGAGCAAUCUUGUGAAUGCAUAUUGGAGCAUCUUUUAGUCCUACAAAAGCAGAGUGAAUGCCCCGAGGAAUGCAGGGUGGCUGUAUCUUCUCUGAUGUUUGCUGCUGCAAGAUUUUCAGAUUUGCCAGAGCUGCGUGAUCUCAGGCAAAUGUUUCAGGAGAGAUAUGGGGAUUCACUCGAAUAUUUUGUAAAUCAAGAGCUUGUUGAGAACUUAGCCUCAAAACCUCCUACAUUGGAGAAGAAAGUCAAUUUAUUGCAAGACAUUGCAUCAGAGUUUUCCAUAGAGUGGGACUCCAAGGCUUUUGAACGAAGAAUGUCCAAACCCCCUACAUCUGCGUUGGACCAAACUAAGACGCACAGAUAUUUCUUUGCUGAUGAUAAACACAAUUUACUGAAUGGUACAGACAAUACACACAAGCUCCCUCUUGGCGAGGAUGCUGUGCCUAUAACAGCUCAGGAAUACAAACCCCCCAAUGGCAAGGAGGCUAUGCCAAAGACAGGUAAGGAAUACAAACUCCCCAUUGGCAAGGAAGCUGCACCAAAAACAGAUAAUGAUGAUGCCUUAGCUAAAGAAAGGCAUAGACUGACUAAUGGGAGGAAUUAUGAUGCCUAUGAAAGAGAUGAGAUGAUUGAAAGACAAAAACUUCCUCUUCACAAACACAAGCCAUCCAAAAGCAGGGAUUCAACUUUGCAUGAAACAGAAAACCAUGAUAUUUCUUUCCAAGGCAGGCGUGAAUACAGUGAUGUUCAGCAUGAAUCAAAUGUGAAGGAGGAGGAAAUUGCUCCGAAGACGGUCAGACUGGGCAGCUCAUCUCAUGGGCUUCCAGUAAAAAAUGAUCGUACAGAAAUAUCAUUUACAGGUAAUAACCAGGAUGGCCAACACUGUACUGUUAAUUCUAUCAGGGAAGUUGAGGAAGAAGAAAGAGAGAGGAUAAAAAAGCCACACUACAAUAAUGCCCUCCCUCCUCCCUAUCACAAAUCGAAACAUAGCAAGCAUGGGGUUAGUGUACGGACUAAGAAUGCUAGUUUUGAUUGUAAUGGAGCCCCACUAGACCCUUCAGUCUACUUUAGAGCUGAUGCUGGUGCUACACCAGAGGGGAUCCAAAUAGGAUCAGAUCUGCAUGGCCAUGAGGAACAUUAUUAUCAGGAAGAUAUAACUGCCAGCCCUGUGCCAAGACGAAGAUCAUCCAGGAGGAGACACUUAAGAUCGCAGUCCAGUCAUGAUGAUAGGGUCAAUUUAGAAGAUACUGGUGUUGCAAGGAAAAGUUCAAGUAGCAGGAGAAGGGACAGAUCUAGACGGGGCUUGCAAGUGUUGAUUGAGGAUGAGCAUCAUCAGAAGGAUGAAGAGGAAAGAAUGAUUGACAAACUGCUGUUGCAUUAUAGUAAGAAACCAUCAGCCUACGAACCAGAAAAGGUGAAACAAAAAUUAGGAGCCAGUCCUUCACACCGCAAUUCCCUUGAUGUUGCUGAAUUGAAGCACCGCAGAAGCAGAGAUGAGCCUGAAGUGAAAUCUGAGAAGGUUUCUACCCCAGUAAGAUCAUCUUCUCUUCCUCGGGAACAAGCACCUCCAUUGGAGGCUGCAAAAACAUUUACCCGGGCCUCUUCCCUCCAGCCAAAUAUGUUGAGUCCUGCCCGGCACGUGCAUCCUAAGCUACCAGACUACGAUGAUUUGGCUGCACGGUUUGCAGCUAUGAAGGCAAAGUAAGUAUUCUGGAGCACUUGGGAUUCUUUAUCAUCAUAUAUCCAUAUAUUGCAUUGAUGCCAUCUCUUUGGAGGUUAAGCUUAAUUCUAUUAGUUGAGUUGGACCAUAGCACCACUUGCAUGGAUACGGCCCUUUGUGCAUGGGGCUGGCAUUACUCUUUCUGUAAUCCAUAGCAUUUGUAGGCACUAUGAUUAGUUUCAUUUCAAUUUCCGUACUUCUUGAGCUGUAAAAUUUGUAACUGUGUGUGACCCUAUAUGAUACAGAUUCUACAAGCUAGACAUAGAAGUUUAGCUUGUAGUUGCUAGUCACCAGUAUCCCUGUUCCAAUUGGUGGUAGUAACAUAGCUCUUUGUUUUGCAAGUGUUAUCAUACUAUUGAUUUGGAAAUUCUUAAUGUCGAGAAAAAAAAAAAGGAUUUUGAAA